AUGGAGCUGGUGAACCAGUCUUACCAGCUCCAGGAAGUGAACAACAUAUUGCAAGACCAUUCAAACAAGCUCCAGGAAGUGAACAACAUAUUGCAAGACCAUUCAAACAAGCUCCAGGAAGUGAACAACAUAUUGCAAGACCAUUCAAACAAGCUCCAGGAACAUUCCACCAAGCUCGACCAGCUCCAGGUACUCGACAUGAGAAUAGAAACUGCGAUCAAGUAUGACCUGACUCGAUUGAUGCAUGAAGAACACAAUGGAAGAUCAUUCAGACAAGCUCGACCAGCUCCAGAUCAUUCAGACAAGCUCGACCAGCUCCAGGUACUCGGCAAGAGAACAAGGGACACAAUGGAAGACCAUUCAAACAAGCUCCAGGAACAUUCCACCAAGCUCGACCAGCUCCAGGUACUCGACAUGAGAAUAGAAACUGCGAUCAAGUAUGACCUGACUCGAUUGAUGCAUGAAGAACACAAUGGAAUAUCAUUCAAACAAGCUCGACCAGCUCCAGAAACGAUCAAGUACCUGACUCGAUUGACUCCGUGCAUGAAGAACACGUUGAAGGAUAUUCAGAGGCUCAUGGAGAAUGCUCAGCCGGCAAAUCAGAUUGAAAAGAUCAAGGAAGAGAUCAUGCAGGAACUGAAAGAAAACCUGAACCAGAAUGUCAUGCAUAACAUUGCCUGUAUGCAAAAGUUAGAAUCUUUGCCAACAAGCGGCGACCAAGUCGAUGACGAAGCCGGGCACGGGGCAGCUUCUCGCUGA